AUGCUCCGAUUUGUGGGAAGGAAAAUCCCAUCAUCGAAAGGCUUCCAAUCAUUAUUGAUCAAUAGUAAUAAUAAUAAUAAUACACUAUCAUCGGUGUGUUGUACUCCGUCAUCACUCUCUCAUAAUAGUGGAGUGUAUUCAAAAUCAAUUUUUAAUAAGCCUGUUUUAUUGGAAAAUAAUAGUAGUAGGAAUUUUACAAGUACAACUGUAAAGAGAGCAGAAAGUGUGGAGAAGGAAAUUAAAAAGGAUGAAGAAAAUGUAAAAUUAACAAAACCAUCAUUAUCAGUUAUUAAAAAAUUAAUAGAAAUUGCUAAACCAGAAACUAAAUUACUUGCCACUGGUAUGGCUUGCUUAGCAGUGAGUGCUGCUGUUUCUUUAAUUUUGCCGAUUGGAGUUGGUAGACUUGUAGAUACUUUGGCUCUUCCUCCAGAACAAGCCACUGAACAAUUAAAAUUAAUCGGAUAUGGAUUAUCUGGUCUAUUUGCUGUCUCUGCAGCUGCUGUGAUUGGAAGAUAUACAGCUGUUCAAACAGCAGGUCAAAAAAUUCAAAAAAGAUUAAGAAAGAGAUUAUUUGAUUCAUAUAUGAGACAAGAUGUUCAAUUUUUUGACAAUACAAAAACAGGAGAAUUGGUCAAUAGAUUGAGUACAGAUGUUGAAGUAGUUAGUGAAACAAUUACACAUACCAUUAUUUCUGGUAUGAGAUCAUUAGUGGAAGCAUCAGGCGGUAUAAUUUUAUUGUGUUUCCUCAGUUUCAAACUUACCGGAGUUGCAGUUUCAAUAUUCCCACUUUUGGGUAUUGGUGCUGUAGUAUAUGGUAGAUAUGUAAAAAAACUCUCUAAAAGCUAUUUGGAUGAACUUGCAAAGAGUACUGCCUUUGCACAGGAAAGAAUUUCAAAUAUCAGAACUGUAAGAUUAUUCUCUGCAGAAAAGAAGGAAGUCAAAAACUAUGAAGAUAAAAUUGAACAUGUUUUCAAUUCAGGAAGACAACUUGGUAUUGCAAGAGGUGUAUUUUAUAGUGCUGUCAAUUUUGGUGCUAACAUGUCAAUGAUUGCUGUUUUAGCAUUAGGUGGUUUUGAUGUUAUUUCUGGAGCUUUAACUGUUGGUAAAUUAACAAGUUUCCUUCUCUAUUCCAUUUAUGUUGGUAUUUCAUUUACAAAUUUGAGUCAAGUAUAUGGUGAUGUUAUGAAAGCAAUGGGUUCUAGUGAAAGAAUUUUCGAAUUAAUGCACCAAAAACCAUUAAUAGAAGUUAGUAGAGAUCACGGAAAACAAUUAGACAAAAUUAUUGGAAAUAUUGUAUUUAAUGAUGUCACAUUUUCUUAUCCUCAAAGAAAGGAAGUUCAAGUAUUGAAAAACUUUAAUCUUAAUAUCAAACCAGGUGAUGUAGUAGCUAUUGUUGGUAUGAGUGGUAGCGGAAAGAGUACUAUUUUAUCAUUGCUCAGCAGAUUCUACGACGUUGACAAUGGUUUAAUUACAAUCGAUGGGGAAGAUAUUAGAGGAUUGGAUGCUACAUGGCUCAGAACACAUAUUGGUGUUGUUUCGCAAGAACCAGUAUUGUUCGAUAUGACUAUUGAGGAAAAUAUUAGAUAUGGUAUUCCAGAAGGAGUUGAAGUAACAAUGGAACAAAUUAUUGAGGCAGCCAAGAAAGCUAACUGUCACGAAUUCAUCAUGUCAUUCCCAGAUGGUUACAAUACAAGAAUUGGUGAGAAGGGAAUGGGUUUGUCUGGUGGCCAACGUCAAAGAAUAAGUCUCUGCAGAUCUAUUCUCCUUAAUCCAAAGAUUUUGGCAUUGGAUGAAGCAACUUCUGGUAAGUUUUAA